AGACGAAGACGAAGAAGACUCGCGGUGCAUUUCUCCAAACCAAGUAGACGCGCGCACUCUCAAUGACCGACGGGCGGAUAUUGCCACAGUAUUGAUCUAAACCGGAAGCUGAAGCCUUUACCGAUAGAGACGCGUACUCUGCGGACAUGGGGCGGAAAGCGACCCUCGCGACGUGCUCCUUGAAUCAGUGGGCUUUGGACUUUGAAGGGAACCUGGAGCGAAUCCUGAAGAGUGUUGAGAUCGCCAAAGCUCACGGGGCCAAAUACAGACUGGGCCCGGAGCUGGAGAUCUGCGGUUACGGCUGCGCGGACCACUUCUAUGAGUCGGACACGUUGCUCCACAGCUUUCAGGUCCUCAGGAAGCUUCUAGAGUCCCCUGUCACCCAGGACAUCAUCUGUGACGUGGGCAUGCCCAUCAUGCAUCAUAAUGUGCGAUACAACUGUCGGGUCCUUUUCCUUAACAGAAAGAUACUGCUGAUCAGACCUAAAAUGCUGAUGGCCAACUACGGGGUCUACAGAGAGCUGCGCUGGUUCUCGCCUUGGAAGCAGUUGAGGCAGGUGGAGGAGUAUUUUCUACCACGAAUAAUCCAGGAGGUAACCGGACAGGAUACUGUCCCAUUCGGCGACUGUGUGCUGUCCACAAAGGACACCUGCAUCGGCACGGAGAUAUGCGCGGAGCUGUGGAACCCCAGGAGCCCCCAUAUUCAGAUGGGUCUGGACGGGGUGGAAAUAUUUACAAAUUCGUCCGCCAGCCACCAUGAGCUCCGCAAAGCUGACCUAAGAGUCGACCUGGUCAGGUCGGCCACCAUCAAGAGUGGCGGAAUCUACCUUUAUGCCAACCAGAGGGGCUGUGACGGAGACCGUGUCUACUAUGAUGGUUGUGCCAUGGUGGCCAUCAACGGAGACGUCGUGGCUCAGGGAGCACAGUUCUCUCUUAACGAUGUGGAAGUGAUUACAGCCACUCUUGACCUUGAAGAUGUGCGGAGCUACCGAGGGGAAAUUUGCCAGCCAAACAUGGAAAUUGAACCCAAACCGUGCCACAGGGUCAAAGUCGACUUUUCUUUAUCCAGUGGUGACGAUAUCUGCCUCCCCACCCACCAACCAAUACCAGCGCACUUCCAUUCCCCAGAGGAAGAGAUCAGCCUGGGGCCGGCCUGCUGGCUGUGGGACUACCUGAGGAGAAGUGGACAGGCUGGUUUCCUGUUGCCUCUGAGCGGAGGGGUGGACAGCUCCUCCACGGCCUGCAUUGUCCACUCCAUGUGCGUGCUGCUCUGCCAGGCUGUAGAGGAUGGCAACAGCCAGGUACUGGAGGACGUCCGCAGAGUGGUAGUGGAUGACUCCUACCGCCCUCAGCACCCGAGGGAGCUGUGCGGUCGCAUCUUCACCACUUGCUACAUGGCCAGUGAAAACUCCUCCGAGGACACGUGCAGCAGGGCCAAAGGCCUGGCCAGUCAGAUUGGCAGCACACACAUGAACAUAAACAUAGAUAUGGCAGUGAAAGGCAUUCUGGGUAUCUUCUCCGUGUGUACUGGAAAGUGGCCUAGUUUCGCGUCAACGGGGGGAAGCCACAGAGAGAACCUGGCUCUGCAGAAUGUACAGGCCCGUGUCAGGAUGGUCCUGGCCUACCUGCUUGCCCAGCUGGGUCUGUGGGCCCGGGGGAAGCCAGGUGGAUUGCUGGUGCUGGGCUCAGCCAACGUAGACGAAAGUCUGACAGGAUACUUCACAAAGUACGACUGCUCGAGUGCUGACAUCAACCCCAUAGGAGGCAUCAGCAAGACGGACCUGAAGAGCUUCCUGGCCUACUGUGUCGAGCAGUUCCAGCUCACCGCUCUGAGAGGCAUCCUCUCGGCUCCGCCCACAGCUGAGCUGGAGCCGCUGCAGGACGGGCAGGUGUCACAAACCGAUGAGGCAGACAUGGGACUGACCUACUCGGAGUUAUCCGUGAUCGGGCGACUGAGGAAGAUCUCCAAGUGCGGCCCCUUCAGUAUGUUCUGUAAACUCAUCCACACGUGGAGGGACGCGCUCUCACCCGCGGAGGUGGCCGAGAAGGUGAAGCACUUCUUCCGGAUGUACUCGAUGAACCGCCACAAAAUGACCACGGUGACGCCGUCCUACCACGCCGAGAGCUACAGCCCCGACGACAACCGCUUUGACCUCCGACCUUUCCUCUACAACACACGCUGGACCUGGCAGUUCAGGAGCAUUGACAACCAGAUUCCACUGCUGAGGGUCCCGUUGCUGGUGGCUGCGGCUGGAGGGGCAUCGUGGCAGGGCGGAAUAAAGGAGGCCCCGCCUCAAGCACAACCUUUAUCUGCAGGAAGUGGCCAAGUGGAACGUACCAAGUGUCUGCCACUUUCUGAAGCUGACCCAGAUGGAAACCCAUAACGCCCCAAAGCAAAAACAACUGGAACCCAUCAAAUCUGUGACGGAGCAAAAGGAUUGUUUUUCCUAAUUUGCACUGAGUUGGCAAGCACAGGGUCAUGCAGGAGAAGAAGUAAUAAUUCUGGGACGAUUGAACCUUUGCUCUACCUCAGUGUCACAAAUGUAACGAGGGCUAUCAGGAACAUUGGAUACGUAAAACUAUUGUAAAACAUAAAUGUAAAUGUUGUAUCACAGUAUAUGAAAUAAUGGCAGCUCCGCCUGUCUUUAUAUUACAUGUGACUAGGGUGGCAAAAUUCCUGGAAUAUUCAAAGUUGGAAGCUUUCCACGGGUUUUUAAUGUGAAUAUGUGGCAAUAAACUUUAAAGGUAAUUUAACUGUACUUACCUCGUCAUGUAUGACAAUGUUCCUUGUUCACAAGCAGACAUGCGUGCAAGCAUUUCUAAUACAAAAUAAAAAAAUGAAAUUUAUGACUUAA